GAGAUUGUGACUCUGCAUGCUGUGAGAGACUUGGUCAGCUUUGCGUUUCAUUUACUUGGGAAAGUAACAUAAACAUAACUGGGUUUAAAGAUCUUAUCCAAAGUUUGUGGAGGAAGAAAAGUUGGUCUGCUCUCAAAGCAUUUUCAGAUUCCUGCGGGAGAAGAGUGAGAAAUUUCUGGUAGAGCUUUGGAGGAUGAUUCUUAAAGAAAAAAGAUAAUAUCAUUUAAAUUCAGACACUCUUUCAGUAGUAAUGAAUUGCAGCAGGCUUCAUCAUCUAGUUUUGAUCUUCUCCUGCCUUCAUGUGGUGGUUUCCCUGUCAGUUCAACAAGAAACCGGGUUUGUUUACAACGGCUUCCAUCAAGCAGAUCUUCUUUACAUUGACGGACUCGCUAGAGUCCUUCCUGAUGGGCUUCUGCAGCUAACAAACGAUUCGGAUUUCAAAAUGGGUCAUGCUUUCUUCAACCUCCCGUUUGAUUUUGAUCAUACCAUCUCCUUCUACACACAUUUCGUGUGUGCCUUGGCGCCUCUCCAGCUGGGAGCUAGCGGCGGACACGGGAUGGCUUUUGUCGUAUCUCCUUCCAUUGAUCUCUCUCAUGCACUCCAAGCUCAGUACUUGGGCGCCUUCACCACCUCCGCGAACGGAACCUCCCCUUCUCAGCUCAUAGCUAUCGAGCUCGAUACCAUCGAGUCGUUAGGAAUCGAUGUGUUGGAAAAGCCUCACGUUGGGAUCGAUGUGAACAACGCCACGUCUAUCGAAUCUUCUCUCCCGUCUUACUUCUCCAGCGCCUUGGGGAAGAACGUAAGCAUCAAUCUCCUGAGUGGGUUGCCUGUCCAGGUUUGGGUGGAUUACGAUGGAUCCUCCCUUAACGUUACUCUAGCCCCUGUAGAUAUACAGAAGCCAGAUCAGCCUCUUAUGUCAAGGCCCAUUGAUCUUUCAGAAAAUUUUAAAAAUAAAAUGUUUGUUGGGUUCUCUGCAGCAACAGGGCAGUUGACAAGUAACCAAUAUAUACUUGGGUGGAGUUUCAGUAGAAGCAAAGAACUGUUACAGAAGCUAGACCUCUCUAAGCUCCCUCAGGCUCCUCUUCCUAGAAAUGAAACAGAACAGCCUCCUCCUCUUCCUAGAGAUGAAACAGAACAGCCUCCUCCUCUUCUGUCUCCACCGCUUAUUGGUUUGGUCGUCUUAUCGGUGAUCCUAGCGCUGCUGGUUCUCGGAGCGGUUUACUGGUACAGGAGAAACAAGUACGCGGAAGUGAAAGAACCGUGGGAAAAGGAAUACGGACCGCAUAGAUUCUCCUACAAGUCACUGUACAGAGCGACGAACGGGUUUGGGAAAGACUGUUGUGUUGGGAAAGGUGGGUUCGGAGAUGUGUACAGAGGAACUCUUCCCUUAAGUAGGCAUAUCGCUGUGAAGAGACUGUCGCACAAUGCAGAGCAAGGGAUGAAACAGUUUGUGUCUGAAGUUGUGACUAUGGGGAGUUUACAGCAUCGGAACCUGGUUCCUCUUCUCGGGUAUUGCAGGAGGAAAGGUGAGUUGCUUCUGGUCUCUGAGUACAUGCCCAACGGUAGUCUUGACCAGUACUUGUUUCAUCAUGACCAAAACUCAUCUCCUUCGUGGCUGCAGAGGAUUUCUAUUCUUAAGGACAUCGCCUCGGCUUUAAACUACCUGCAUACAGGAGCCAAUCAAGUUGUUUUGCACCGGGAUAUUAAAUCUUCUAACGUUAUGCUAGAUUCUGAUUUCAAUGGAAGGUUAGGAGAUUUUGGUAUGGCGAGGUUUCAUGACCCGAGAGCUUGCUUAUCUGCAACGGCCGCUGUGGGAACCAUAGGUUACAUGGCGCCUGAGCUGAUAACAAUGGGGACUUCUACGGAAACUGAUGUUUAUGCCUUUGGUGCUUUCCUUCUUGAAGUGACUUGCGGAAGGCGGCCCGUGGAACCGGAGCUGCCGGUGGAAAGGCAAUAUCUGGUCAAGUGGGUGUGCGUAUGCUGGAAACAGGCUUCUUUACUUGAGACCGUAGAUCCGAGACUGGGAAGAGAAACUUUGUUCAAGGAGGUUGAGAUGGUUCUGAAGCUUGGAUUGCUAUGCACGAAUGCGAUACCGGAAGCAAGGCCUACCAUGGGACAAGUGGUGCAAUACCUGAACAUGGACCUAACCUUGCCAGAUUUCUCGCUGAGUACUCCGGGUAUUGGAGCGUUUAUGCCAGUGUCAAUGGAAAGAUCAUCUUCUUCCAUUAGUGCCUCCAAUUCAAGGAGCACAUCGAUACCUAUGUUUGUUACUCAUACAAUCCUGAGAGGAAGUGGUAGAUGAGAGAUAUAUGCAUGAAACUGUGAGCUACUUGAAAAUGUUUUUACCAAAGAAAUAAUGGUGUUGGUGGUUAUAGUUGUAA